UCAAUGUUUGAUCUUCCGGUGACACUUUUCUCUUCACUUUCUCAUGGGGUCAGUGAAAAAGAAUUUAAGAAAAAAAACCUAAAUCCUCAUUCUCUCGCUAGGUUCUAAUAUUAAUCCCAAAACCAUAGAAAAAAGGAAUCAUCGACUCCAAUUUUUCCCAAAUACAUAUUCUGCCUUGUCGGAAAUGGCCAGUUCCGAUCCCGAAGGGCUGACGGCGUACGGAUGACAUGGAACGCUUGGCCUCGCACCAAACUCGAAGCCAGCAAGUGUGUGAUUCCGCUGGCUGCUUCGAUCGCUCCGAUCCGCCCACACCCGGACAUUCCGACGCUCCCUUACGCUCCUCUCCGGUGCCGGACAUGUUCCGCCGUCCUGAACGCCUAUUCGCAAGUCGAUUUCGCUGCCAAGAUCUGGAUCUGUCCGUUUUGUUACCAGCGCAACCAUUUCCCCCACCAUUAUGCCAUGAUCUCCGAAACGAACCUGCCUUGCGAACUCUACCCGCAAUACACCACCGUGAAAUACUCUCUUCAAGCAAACACUGAUCCAAGCAACCCUUCCAAUGCUCUUCAAUUGCAACCAGUGUUUGUUUUCGUGUUAGACACUUGCAUGAUCGAGGAAGAGCUAGGAUUUGCUAAAUCGGCGAUGAAACAGGCCAUCGGGUUGUUGCCGGAACAUGCUCUUGUUGGUUUCAUUUCAUUUGGAACUCAAGCACAGGUUCAUGAAUUGGGGUUCACAGAAAUUUCGAAGGUCUUUGUUUACAGGGGGAGUAAGGAGGUACCCAAGGGGCAGGUGUUAGAGCAGUUAGGUCUCGGUGCUGCAGGGCGGCGGCCGAAGUCUGGUUAUUCGAAAGGACUGCCAAAUGGGUACACGGAUACUGGAAUUAACCGGUUUUUAUUGCCUGCUUCAGAUUGUGAAUACUCUCUCAAUUCUUUGCUGGAUGAGUUGCAAGCGGAUCAAUGGCCUGUACAAGCAGGCUGCAGACCCUCAAGGUGCACUGGAAUAGCCUUAAGUGUUGCUGCAGGACUGCUUGGAGCCUGCUUGCCUGGUACUGGUGCUAGGGUUAUAGCUUUGGUUGGUGGUCCAUGUACUGAAGGGCCAGGCACGAUUGUUUCAAAAGACUUGUCAGAACCUGUACGUUCCCAUAAAGAUCUUCAUAAGGAUGCUGCACCAUAUUUUAAGAAAGCAGUCAAAUUUUAUGAUAGUCUUGCUAAACAGCUGGUCAACCAGGGUCAUGUACUUGACCUUUUUGCAUCUGCACUUGAUCAGGUUGGGGUUGCUGAAAUGAAAGUUGCAAUCGAAAGGACAGGUGGCCUUGUUGUUCUAUCCGAAAGUUUUGGUCAUUCUGCAUUCAAAGACUCUUUCAAGCGUGUCUUUGAGGGCGGGGAACAGUCUCUUGGCCUAUGUUUUAAUGGCAUGCUUGAGAUCAAUUGUUCGAAAGACAUCAAGGUUCAGGGGAUCAUUGGACCUUGCUCAUCUCUGCAGAAGAAAGGAACUAAUGUCUCUGACACGGUCAUUGGGGAGGGUAACACUACAACAUGGAAAAUGUGUGGCCUUGACAAGAGUACUUGCUUGACAGUUUUAUUUGAUCUUUCAUCAACCGAUGAAUCAAGUGUUCGUGGAACUAUGAAUCCACAACUGUAUUUGCAGUUUCUUAUGGGUUAUCAAGAUCCUGAAGGUAAAACAAUGCUUCGAGUCACGACUGUGACAAGAAGAUGGGUAGACAGUGCUAUUAGUUCUGAGGAAUUAAUACAAGGUUUCGAUCAAGAGACUGCUGCCGUUGUAAUGGCAAGAAUAACUUCUCUCAAAAUGGAGACAGAGGAGGGAUUUGAUGCAACAACGUGGUUAGAUCGGAAUCUCAUUCGUCUUUGUACCAAAUUUGGCAACUACCGGAAGGACGAUCCAUCAUCUUUCACAUUGAACCCUUGCUUUUCUUUGUUUCCUCAAUUUAUGUUUAAUCUACGGCGGUCACAAUUUGUACAGGUUUUUAACAACAGUCCAGAUGAAACUGCUUAUUUUCGCAUUAUAUUAAACAGGGAAAAUAUUACUAAUACAGCUGUUAUGGUUCAACCAUCUCUAAUAUCAUAUACAUUCAGCUCACCGCCCCAACCAGCAUUAUUGGAUGUGGCUUCCAUUUCAGCUGAUCAUAUUCUCUUGCUAGAUUCAUAUUUUAGUAUUGUUGUUUUCCAUGGUAUAACAAUAGCACAGUGGCGCAACAUGGGUUACCAGAAUCAACCUGAACAUCAGGCAUUUGCACUACUUUUGGAUGCACCCCGGGUUGAUGCCCAAAUUAUUAUUCAGGAACGCUUCCCUGUCCCAAGAUUGGUUGUAUGUGAUCAGCAUAGUUCCCAGGCAAGAUUUUUAUUGGCGAAGUUGAAUCCAUCAGCCACAUACAAUAGUGCCGCCGAUAUAGCACCUGGAUCAGAUAUAAUCUUUACAGAUGAUGUAAGCUUACGAGUGUUCUGCGAGCAUCUUCAGAUAUUAGCCGUGCAGUCUUGAUUUGUAGAAAACUAGUUGAAAGUCUCAGCGGUUUUGAAAAAGAAACAAUUAAUAAGAAUAGCACCGUGUCAUUCUGUGGAGCUUGCUGGGAAUGUGUUCGCAUUCGUGAACGGAUAUGGUAAUCGAUGCAACGAAGAGGUGAGCCGAGUCAAAAGUUUGAGUUUUUUAGGGAAAGGAAGGGGGUAUGGUCGAGGAUGUAUCUGUGAGGAUCCCUGUUUCAGUACCAGCAGUGUCAAUUAGGGUUCGUUUGUAUUGAGGACUGGGAUUCAGGUCAUAUAUACACCCAUUAGGGUUAAAGACUUCAUUCUUAGGGAU